AUGGGGCCACGUUCGCUGGCAGAGGCAGCGAGGAAGGCUGUGGCGGCCGUUGAUGCCGAGGAGGAAGAACGUGCAAAGAGCUCGCGCGCACGCAUGCCUCUCAAAGCAGUGGUGGACUUUGCAGGUGUCGCCAACGCUGCAGCCAGUGCUGCGCGCAAGGCUCGUCGACGGACCACGAUAGCGAGGAAGGAGACUACAGCUACGCCAGCCGAUGCAGAAGAGGAGAAACCUCCGCCUGCACCCCGAGAUCUGGAGUUGAUUCGGAUGACCUUCAGCAACGCCCGACGUGGCCUGGCGAUGGCAAGGGAGGCGAUGUCAUUGCAAAUUGUCUCACCUUUCUUCCUCCUUAAGACGGUCAUCAAGUCCUUGGGCAAAGCGGCUCUCAUCAUCAAGGAGAAGCGACGGGCCAGAGGCUGGAAAAUACUGCGGGUUUUUCUGGCGGCGAAAAAGAGGCAAGACUUCUUAAAGGCGCAGCAAGAAUACAACUCGCGAAUCCAGCUGGACGACAUCAUGGAGGAGCACUUGAACAACAUCUUCUGGCAAUUUGUAAUCUUCGAGGUCGAUGCUUACGAGGAGAUCCUCCAGGAGUUGGUGAAGGUCUUUGCAGAGCCUGGCGCCGGCGUCAAAGAGGACCUCCCGGCUCUUCGGCAGCAGCUGGAGCGUCAUUUGCAGUCCCUCGAGCAAGAGCUCCAGGAUCGAAUCCUUGCCGGUGACCGCGAGUCCAUCGACACUGCGAGCAAAACGAGGAGCGACAUGCGAAAGAGUUUGGAGAAGAUCAUGUCCGAAGCUGCGACUCUCCGGAUCUCCCGGGUUGGGCGGACGGAGAAGAAUACGGCGCUGGCUGAUGCGAGGCUGUUGGAUGACAUCAAGAAUCUGCAGGUCUCGCGUCGCCUGAUGCGCAAGAUGAAGCGCCAGGAAAGGGAGCAGAAGCGGCUGGAGGCUGGCAAGCCGCUUCUCCGAAAGCGUCGACGGCGGAAUGCAGGCGGAAAAGGAAGCAGGACGAACAGCAAGGGCCGCAGUUCCAGCAAAACGAAGCUGGAGGGGGACCAGGAGGAUUAUUCCGACAGCGAAGGGGAUGAGAGCGAGGAUCAAACCGACGACGAGAGUGUGCAGGUGGAGGGUCCGCAAGAGGACGCCGGUAAGAGCAACUUUCGGACGACCCCGAUAUCCCUCUACCUAGACCCCACGCAAGAUGCUGACGUCUUCGAAGGCUGCCGCACGGAGAGCGUCGCCACGCCCCUGACGCUGGGUGAAAGCACAGAAUGUCCAGACGAUGCACAGCGCGUCACCCCCUUGGACAUCGGUGUGACACCUCCGCCACUCCCUGAAGAGCAAACGGACCCAGACACGGCUAGCGUGGCAGGUGACAGCUCCAAUGAGCGGUACCUCAUCGAGGAGGCUCCAGAUGUGGAGGCAAAAGCUGUCGUUCACAGCAGCGUGGACUGGCAAGCCACCGUUGCGGAGUUCAUGUUGGGUCGCCGUGCCGAGGACAAGGGUCAGAAAGACUACUUGGUUCUGGAUCGCGACCAGCUGAUCGUGCCCAUGUUCCAUGAGGAUUGGAGCCAGCAGCUCCACUCAGCCGUGGAAUUCCCCCUCACCAUCCAGCAUCGCGAGGUGGUCGGAUCGUACAUGGAGGGGCGUGACCUCGAGGACUACGACGUCUUCGACAGCCACGAGGAGUUAAUUCCACUCUUCGAGGAGAUCACAGAAGCGGAGCGUGCUUUCGCGUUGCAGGUGGUUGAAAUUUACUUGGACGAUGCAUUGCCUCGGGCAGUGUUUUUGCAGCCCUACGCUACUGCCUCCGAGAGUUUGUCUCAGGAGGUUUGGAAGCCGUCUACGCCUUUGCCAAGCUUCCCCAUAAGGAUUCAGCGCAAGGCCUGCUAA